AUGGACAAGAUUCAAACAUUGACCUCAGAGAAUGGAGUUGUGAUAUUUAGCAAGAGCACCUGUUGUUUGUGCUAUGCUGUGACUAUUCUGUUCCAAGAACUUGGGGUUGAGCCUUUGGUUCACGAGAUGGACCAUGAACCAGAUGGGUGGGAGAUCGAGCAGGCUCUGCUAACCCAAGGACGUAACUCCUCUCCUGUUCCAGCUGUAUUCGUAGGGGGGAAACUCAUUGGGUCCACCAACGAGGUCAUGUCCCUGCACCUGAGUGGCGCCCUCAUCCCAAUGCUCAGGCCAUACCAGACACUCGCUUAG